CAGCUGCUGCAGCCGGUGGGGGGCGAGGGCGCAGCAGCAGACGCAGCAGCAGCAGCAGCAGCAGCAGCAGCGGAGCUCACGGACCUCAAGAAGCCCAGCGUCACUCCCAGCGAAAGAGACCUGCGGCUGCUGCUGGUCAAAGACCUCCGCUAUCUCCUCAGCAGCAGCAAAGAAGCAGCAAAAGAGCUGCUGCCUUUUAAGAAAGCAGAAGCAGCAGCAAGACUGAAGCAAAUAUCUUUGCUGCUGCAGCGGCUGGCGCUGCUGGGGGCCCGCUACGAGCAGCAGCUGCUGCACAGCCUCCGCGGCAGCAGCAGCAGCAAAAUUCGAAAAAUAACAAAGUUGUUUAUUACCAACAUUACGGAAGAAGCAAAAGAGUAUUUAAUUGCUCCGGAGUUCUUUUCUGCGCAGCUGCAGCAGCUGCUGCUGCUCGUGCUGCAGCUGCAGCCGCAGCAGCUCAGCCUGCAGCGGCAGCAGCUGCAAGCAGCAGCAGAUGCGUACAUGCUGAAUCUUUCGAUGGACAAGAAGGCAGCAGUCCGCAGCUUCUUCGUGCACGUGCAGCAGCUGCAGCAGCAGGACGUGCAGCAGCAGCAGCAGCAGCAGCAGCUGCUGCUCUCCGACGCAGAAGCAGAACUUGUCCUCGAUAUUGUUGCGCUGCUCUGGGACUCUUAUUAUAGCCACAGUGUAGAAAUAAUAGAAGCUUUAAAGUUUAGAGAAAAUGGAGUUUCGGGGCAGCAGCAGCUGCUGCAGCAGCAGCAGCAGCAGCAGCAGCAGCAGGUGCUGCAGCAGCAGCAGCAGGCGCUGGCCGAGUCGAGCAGCAGCCGCACGCUGGACCGCUACGGGUUUCUUGCUGCUGCGCAGCUGCUGCUGCUGCUGCAGCAGGCCCCGCUGGCGAGGGUUUCGCUGCUGCUGCCCAGCUGCAGGCUGCUGCAUGCAAGCAGCAGCAAACCCCUCACUUUUGCUGCAGCAGGCAGCUUCGCAGUGAGUUUGGAGUUCAGGGACUUCUUCAGCAGCAAAGCAGCAGCAGCAGCAGCAGCAAGCCCUCAGCAAACAGCAGCAGCAGCAAGCUCUCAACGAGCAGCAGCAGCAGCAAACCAAAAAACAAAUUCUCUCUUUUCUCUUGUCAUCAAUCAACUCACUCCUCAAGACCUCAACAACCUCUUCAGCCUCGCAGACGAACCCGUCCAAGUCGAGUCCACACUGGAGCUGGUGCAGCUAACUCCCGUUGCUGCCAGUUCGCUGCGGCAGACUUUUUCGCUUGAAGAGCAGCAGGCGCCUUCCCUUAAGCAACUCCUUGGAGUGCCUGCUGCUGCUGCUGCUGCUGCUGCUGCUGUGGAUGAGAGACUCUUUGAGGGAAUAUUUUUGGGGUCUCGUUUGGAGCUGAGGGCCCUUUUGAAU